GGGCGGGCGGGGAGCUGCCGGCGGGGACACGGUGGGCUUGGAGAGGCGCUGCUGCCGCUGCCGCCGCUGCCGGCACCGGGAGGGCAUCGGCCAUGGACGCCACCACGCUGGAGCUAGACGCGGUGAAGUUCGCGCAGCUGGCGGUGCAGCGGGAUCAGAGCGGGCGCUACCAGGAAGCGGUCUUCUACUACAAGGAAGCCGCACAAGCCUUGAUUUAUGCUGGGAUGGCUGGGUCAAACUUGGAAAAUAUUCAAGAAAAAAUAAAUGAGUACUUGGAGAGAGUUCAAGCUCUCCAUUCAGCAGUUCAGUCACAGAAAACAGACCCUCUGAAGUCAAAACAACAGUUGGACUUGGAGCGUGCUCACUUCCUAGUUACACAGGCUUUUGAUGAAGAUGAUAAAGGCAAUGCAGAAGAAGCUAUAGAGUUGUACACAGAAGCCGUGGAACUCUGUUUGAAAACAGCUACUGAAACUUCAGAAGCAGGCCUCCAGUCCAAACUGAAACAGCUGGCUCGACAAGCACUGGAUAGAGCAGAGGCACUGAAGGAAUCUAUGUCAAAGUCAUCUCAGAAAGAAAAGUCAACUGCAGCUAAACCAAAUCAGCCAGUGAGAACGUUCUUCCCAUUGGGACCUGAUUUUUCUUUAAAUGAUAAACCACAGACAAUCAGAGCAGUACAAGCUAGUGAACCUCAAGGUCAGAGAUACACUGCAGAGGAGAUUGAAGUGCUCAGGAAGACUUCAAAAAUUAAUGGCAUUGAAUAUGUACCUUUCAUGAGUGUCGAUCUGAGGGAACGUUUUGCCUUCCCUAUGCCUUUUUCUGAUAAAUGCGGGAAGUUACCAUUAUCCCCCAAACAGAAAGCAAUGUUUGCCAAGUGGGUGCGACCAGAUGACAUAACAAAUAACCCUACCAUGAUCUACACUGUAUCAAGUUUCAGCAUAAAGCAGACAAUAGUGUCAGAUUGCUCUUUUGUGGCAUCACUAGCUAUCAGUGCAGCAUAUGAAAGAAGAUAUAACAAAAAAUUGAUCACGAGUAUAAUUUACCCUCAGAAUAAGAAAGGGGAGCCAGAGUAUAAUCCAUGUGGUAAAUACAUGGUGAAGCUUCACAUCAAUGGUGUACCUAGAAAGGUAAUCAUAGAUGACCAGUUACCUGUUGAUCAUAGUGGGGAACUUCUCUGCUCUUAUUCUAAUAAUAAGAAUGAAUUAUGGGUGUCACUAAUAGAAAAGGCUUACAUGAAGGUCAUGGGAGGAUAUGAUUUUCCUGGAUCAAAUUCUAAUAUUGAUCUCCAUGCACUGACUGGUUGGAUACCUGAAAGAAUUGCUAUGCACUCUGACAAUCAAGCUUUCAAUAAAGACAGUACUUUCAGAAUGCUUUAUCAGAGAUUUCACAAGGGAGAUGUCCUUAUUACCACAGCAACAGGGGUGAUGUCUGAAGAGGAAGGAGAAAAAUGGGGUUUAGUUCCAACCCAUGCAUAUGCAGUCUUGGACAUAAGAGAAUAUAAGGGACUUAGAUUUCUUCAGUUGAAAAAUCCCUGGAGCCACUUACGUUGGAAGGGACGAUACAGUGAAAAUGACACAAGAAAUUGGACCCCAGAUUUACAAAAAUACUUGAACUUUGAUCCAAGAACAGCUCAGAAAAUAGACAAUGGCAUUUUCUGGAUUUCCUGGGAGGACCUGUGCCAGUACUAUGAUGUCAUUUAUUUGAGUUGGAACCCAAGUCUUUUCAAAGAAUCUACAUGUAUUCACAGUACCUGGGAUGCAAAGCAGGGCCCGGUGAAGGAUGCCUACAGCCUGGCCAACAAUCCUCAGUACAAGCUGGAAGUGCAGUGUCCACAGGGGGGUGCUGCCGUCUGGGUCCUGCUCAGCAGGCACAUCACUGACAAGGAUGACUUUGCACACAAUCGGGAAUUCAUUACAAUGGUUGUGUACAAGACUGAUGGCAAAAAGGUUUACUAUCCAGCUGAUCCUCCUCCAUAUAUCGAUGGUAUUCGGAUCAACAGUCCUCAUUAUCUGACUAAGAUAAAGUUGACCUCUCCAGGGCCCCAUACAUUUACCUUAGUGGUGUCCCAGUAUGAGAAACAAAACACUAUCCAUUACACCAUCAGGGUGUACUCCUUGUGCAAGUUCACCUUUUCCAAGAUUCCUACACCUUACACCAUUUCCAAGCGGGUUAAUGGACAGUGGAAAGGUCACAGUGCCGGAGGAUGUGGAAACUUCAGAGACACCUACAAAAAUAACCCCAUUUAUCAAAUCCAGCUAGACAAGAAUGGACCAUUGCUAAUUGAACUACGGGGACCAAGGCAAUACAGCGUUGGCUUUGAACUUGUCACCGUCUCAACAGUAGGAGAUCCUGGUUCCUAUGGCUUUCACAAAAAGAGCAGUGGUGACUACAGGUGUGGAUUUUGCUACUUGGAAGUGGAGAACAUACUUGCUGGAGUUUACAACAUUAUCCCCACUACAUUCCUGCCUCAACAAGAGGGUCCUUUUUUCUUAGAUUUUAACAGUACUACUCCUCUUAAGGUGUCCCAGCUGCAGUGAGGAGACAUAUCUGUGCAGUACUGUUGAAGGAGGUGGUUUUGAUCUGUCCUACAGGCUGAGAACAGGUGAAUAACCCUUCCUACACAUAUGCACAGAAGAAAAUUACAUUCUAAGUUAUAGCCAAAAGCAUGGAAUCACUGAUUGCCACUUACUGGUGGUAGGCAGUUAGCUGUGGGGUUUGCUGCUAUGGUACUGGAGGGAGCACUGUUCAACAGGCUUGGGAAUAGGCUAAACUGCAUAUAUUCAAAUGAACCGGCAGAACUCAAUUUAUUGCAAUUUUCCCACACUUUGAAUCAAAGUCCAGUGAAUUAGGAGAAAAACUACCAUUGAAAUUCCCUUCUCCCAAAAUACAGGGUAUAUGGGUUAAAGAUUUUAUUCUUAAAAGUAAACAUGUAAGAAAAAAAUAUUCUUGUGUAUUUCUGCUUAUUCAGUCUCAGGACCAAAUAGCUUUUACUACAUAUUUGUGCUGCUAUCUUGAAUGUUUUCAGCAUUGAACUGGUUAUCACCUCUAAAUGUAAAUUUACUACUGCUGAGUAUGUAGUAGUCCAUGCACCAACUUAUCUGGAAUAUGUAUAUAGGAGUAAAGGAACUAUUUCUAAGAGCUUUGCUCAUGUUACAUGUACUUUGAGAACUGUUAGUUCAUAUCUGUGUGACUUUCGUACAUAAAACAGCACAAGGUUCUCUGUGGUUUUCUUCCUACUAGCUGCCAGACCUAGCUUGAUCCUGAUCAGCAGUAAGGACAGGGGGUUAUCCAGCAGCAGCAUAGAGAAUGCAGCAUAGACUUCCUUUAGCAGGUGUGAAAGAUUUUCAUCUGAAGAUCCCCACAGUCUCAGUUGCUGGUGGGGAGAUGGGAAACUGCCCACCAUCAGAAACCCAGCAAAGAAAUGUUUUAUUUUCAUCACUUUAUAAGUAUUCAGCCUAUAGGGAAGGAAUAGUCAAGCCUCUCCUGCUAAUAAACCACAGCUGCAGGGAAUGUACUUGCUGAUUCCAUGAUACCAGGCAUCUUUGAAAAGGUACUUUUUUCCUUGUAAGUUGAAACCAGUGGAUGAAUUGAGCACUAGGCCACUGUCAUCAACAGAAGCAGGGUUAGAGUUUUUAAGAAAAUAGUGGAAGUGGGAUUAAUGCAGAAUGAGAUUUUUCUAGAAGCCUCCUAUAUGUGCUCCUCCUCUAGAUCUAUAUACAUUGUAUCUAAAGAGGAUUCAAGAUAACCAAGUUUUCAAUUUAAUACCAGCUGCCUCAGAUCCUGAAAUGCAUUGAAUUUUGUCUUUUUUACAAAAUGUAUAAUAUUUGACAGCUGGGGGAGAGGAUGUUUUUAAAACAGCCACAGGAAUUUUGCUGCCAUUCACAUUAGUUUGCCAGUUUUCCAAUCAAAACAGGUAGCAUUUAAAUCUUGCUUUAGAGCACAGGUGUCACUUGGCCAUUGGGAAACUGAGCACACAUUCUACAGGAGCACCAGAAAUAUCUGUGGGCUAAAAUUACUCCCACAGAGAUCUGCUAUUAGUCCUCUCCAGAAAGUACAAGAUUCUUUUGUUUCGUUUCCUUCAUCAGACAGCUGCUUAACAAGUGUCUAGUGUUGAAAGGGCACUGAUAGCUCAUGCCUUUGAAAAUAUGUCCUUCUGACUGCAGUUCUCUCAAAAGCCAUCUGGGAUAGGAAAUUUGGGACAGGUUUGUCACAGUGUGACUUACCUUCUUUUGCAGGGAAGUUUCUGCAUGGGCACAAGCUGAGCAAAGAAACAGAUUAGGUUCAUUGUAGUUACCCCUUGGCUUCUGAAGUAUGGGUCAAGGACUGCUUCAUCCUUACAAAAUGAAAAGUUCAUUCAGCUCACAUUUUCCCUGCAGAUUUCUGUGAAGUUUUCAGCUCACACUAAACCAGAAUCGCAUGGAGUCCUGCAUGUAUCUUAUCACCUGUGACGUUAGAGGUAGUUAGGAAGUCCCAACUGAGUAUCUUUUUGGCAGUACAAAAUGCAGAUGCCAGAACUGCCAGCUUUCAGUACCAAGUUCUUGCACAUACUCUGCUGUUUGAGAUCAAGCUGGUAGACUUGCCUACAGUAAAAUCUGUUGUUGUUCUUCAGUAGUUGGUUUCUACUCGGCAGGAAGGAGUUUUUCUUUCUUUUUUCCCCUGAGCACAAGCUACUGCCAAGCUUAUGCUUCAUGAAACGAGCAUAAGGCUCAGCUUCCAUACUGUGCUGAACUAAAACUAAACUGAACUACAAGCAAGAAAUGUACUCACUGUCUGGCAUUAAGGACAAAGUAUCCUGUCCCAAACAGGAUGUGCUGAUAUUUCUUACAUAUACAGAACAGACAGGGGAUUUGGCUUAUCUUAAAUCCCAUACAUAAAUGGAGACAAGUGUCAAUCUUAUUAAUAUAAAACAAAUCCUGUUCAAAUAUUGCACCUGCAUAGGCUACUAGAAUGCCAUCACUGUGCAUUUCCUUUAAAUAUAGGACAGAACACGCAGGUGGACUAUUUAAGAGGAACUACAAAAUAUUCUUAUAAAUUCCAGUCUACAAAUUCUGGUUGUGGCAAAUUGAUUUUGCAAUGAAGUUUUCUUGCCAUUUUGUCUUAGGAAAAAAUGUUAGUGUAAGCGUUUAUGAUUUGCUUUAAUAUCUUCUGUCAAAUAUAUACUUUAAUAUUUUUUCCACAAAUAAAUCUGGAAAAAUUAUUGGAAAGUGAAGAUUUUAAGACAACCUUCAGGCCACAGUCUAAGUUAAGCUUUUCUUUCCCCUAUACCAUUUUUUGAUCCAUGACCGAGAACAUGAGGUGCUGGGUUAUGCAGCAAGACUUCUGGAAAGGAAUAAGACCUGUGCAUGCAAAAAUUUAAAUAGCUGCCCAACAGAGGUAUUUGUUAUUUUACUUCCAGUUAGACAGUCAUGCACCUCUUGAUCCUUAAGUCUUCUCUGCCUCUAAACAUACAAUUCAAGCUUUUAAACAUCGAAAUACAAGGCCUCAGCAAGCAUUCUGCAUUCCUAAGUUGAUUGUCACACAGUUCUGAACUAUGGCUAGAGCCACAGAUGAGGGGGUAACUGAUGAAAUGGAGGCCAGUUGCUGUAAGGGAUUUUAAGAGGAUUUACACAUUUUCUGAUUCAUUAAGGGAAGACUGCUACAAAGAAAUGACUUUUAAUUCUCUGUCAGCAGUGCAGAGGAAUAACUGGAUAUAGCCUCUUCAGAAGUUUUAACGUUCUCUUUACUUAUGCAUUGCAAAGCCUUUUCUGUGUAUUCCUUUAAAAAUGCUACUUUAAAGCUCCAUACAAGACCCCAUGAUGCUGCUGUUUAUAGCUCAGGUUGAGACACCCCUCCUAGUUUAUUUUUUUUCAGGAAGACACAGGUUAGACAUUGGUUAAUCCAAUCCCUUAUUUUCAGACUCAGUGAGAGGUAGUACCAUGGAUGAACAGUAUCAACAGCUUCUAUCCCAUCUGCCCCAUGACACUGCAAGCGUCCUGUAACUAUUUUGUACAGUAAUUAUGCACUUAACCACACAAUCUCCGUGGUGUUUGAACAGCCAGCUAUUUAGAAUUAAGUUUGUGUACAUAUAGUAGAUGUUUUCAUUGUUUCAAAAAGGACAUUUAAAUUGUUUGACAAUACCAAAGAGAAGCAGAAUUCCUAGGUUAACAUUUGCUUCAUACAUUCUCAUAUCAGGGCAGCUGAAGUGAUCACGUAUACUUUGAUACAGCAGAGGCUUAUUUUUAUACCCAUGGAGGCAGCUACCAUCAUGUUACACUUCAGAAUCCAUUAAGAGCUCCAACAGAAAAGUAACUGGAAAAAGCUUGUUCAUUUGCUUGUAAUCCAUAGCAAUGUUUGUUCAUUUAAAAGUCUGUCAUAUUUAUAAUUAUGGCUUUUAUGAAGUUUAAAAUAAAAUGAGUUUUCCAUUAA